UCAUGUGGGUGUGAUGAACGUCAUGCAAAUAUUCUCUUUCUGCUGUGUUCUCUGUGAACAAGGUGAACAAGGGCACAAUGAAGUGCAUAGCUUAGAAGAACACUUUCCCUUGGAGCGCCAGAGCGUACAUGGUAAAGGACAUUUGGUCUUUAUACUUGGGGAAGUGAAAUGGAGAAAAAGAUAAUUCUAGAAGAACUUCUUUUAAAGAAGUCACAACAGAAGAGAAAAAUGUCACCAGCUAAUUACAAGAAAAGGUUGUUUGUUCUGACAAAAACAAGCCUUUCUUAUUAUGAAUAUGGCAAAGAGAAAAGAGGAAGAAAGAAGGGGUCAAUUGAUAUUGAGAAAAUUCGAUGUGUUGAGACAGUGAAUCUUGAGGAAUCAACACCUCCUGCGAGACAAUACCCUUUUCAGAUCGUGUACAAAGAUGGCCUGCUCUAUGUCUAUGCACCUGAUGAAGAGAGACGGAACAAGUGGCUUGCAGCUUUGCAUAGAGAAAUUAAAGAAAAUACCAAUUUACUAAGCAAAUAUCAUAAAAGAUUCUUCACCAAUGGGAGGUUUCUCUGUUGCAAUCAGACUUGUAAAACGGCCCCUGGAUGUACAACUUGGGAGAAAUAUGUGACUCUAUGUUGCACAACCUGGUCUGUGAAACCACUGCCUCCAGUCCCUCAAACACUGGUAGGUCAAACUUCUGAGUAUCGACCUGUAGAGAAAGACUCGAUAAUGAUGAUAUGGAGUCAUAUAAGAUGGGAGAACUGCAGGCUGUCCCUGGAAGUUGGUCUCAAUCUCUAA